AUGGCCACCAUCUCAGAGCUCACCUUCAUCUGCUUGGCCCUUAUCUUACAUGACAAUGAGGUGACAGUGACAGUGAUGAAGGAUAAGAUGAAUGCCCUCAUUAAAGCAGAUGGUGUAAAUCUUGAACCUUUCUGGCCAUGCUUGUUUGCAAAGGCUCUGGUCCAGGUCGAUAUCAGAAGUCUCAUCGGCCCCUGUCUCAUCGGCAAUAUAGGGGCUGGUGGACCUGCCACAGCAGCGGAUAGUGCACCAGCAGGAGGUCUUGCCCCCACCACUGCUGUUCCAGCAAAGAAAGAGGAAUCUGAGGAGUUUGAUGAUGACACAGGCUUUGGUCUUUUUGACUAAACCUCUUUUGCAACACAUUCAAUAAAAAGCUGAACUCUG